GGUGAAGUUGCAAUGGAUUCAGAAAAGGAAAGCAGUGGGCUUGACAAUCUUGCAUUUGAUAUGGAUGAGCAAGUCAAUGAUCAACUCACGGUAAAGGAAGAUAAUAAAUGUGGGAGUGGCUGUGUGGCAGAGGAAGACAGAAAUAAACCAACCUAUUGCGUUACUGAUGUCCCUCCUUGGUACCUUUGUAUCUUCCUGGCCAUUCAGCACUACCUGACAGCAUUUGGUGGGAUGAUCUCCAUCCCCCUCAUUCUCUCAGAGGGCCUGUGUCUGCAGCAUGACAGCCUGACCCAGAGCCUGCUCAUCAACACAAUUUUCUUCGUCUCUGGCCUCUGCACUGUUCUGCAGGUUACCCUCGGUGUUAGGCUCCCAAUCCUACAGGGAGGUACUUUUGCCUUGGUGACCCCGGCCAUGGCUAUGUUGUCCAUGCCAGAGUGGCAGUGUCCUGCUUGGACCCAGAAUGCCAGUCUGGUCAACACCUCCUCACCUGUCUUUAAAGAAGUGUGGCAGACUCGUUUGAGAACACUGCAGGGCUCUAUUAUGGUGGCCUCUCUCCUCCAGAUACUGGUUGGCUUCUCUGGCCUCAUUGGCUUCCUCAUGCGCUUCAUUGGCCCCUUAACCAUUGCGCCCACUGUCUCUCUCAUAGGCUUGUCACUGUAUGACUCAGCUGGAGAUAAGGCUGGCAGCCACUGGGGCAUCUCUGCUAUGACUACAGUGCUGAUCAUCCUGUUCUCUCAGUACCUUCGUCUCAUACCAAUGCCCGUUCCUGCAUACAGCAAAACCAAGAAACUGCACACCACAAACUUCUUCAUCUUCCAGACAAUGCCAAUUCUGCUGGGAAUUGCGGUCUCAUGGUUAGUGUGCUACCUCCUCACCAUCUAUGAUGUCCUACCAUCUGAUUCAUCUCGGUAUGGUCACUUGGCUCGCACUGAUGUGAAGAGGAAUGUUGUUGCUGAGGCUUCAUGGUUCACAUUUCCUUAUCCUGGUCAAUGGGGGGUUCCAAUGGUGAACCUGGCAGCUGUGUUUGGCAUUCUGGCUGGAAUAAUAUGUUCCAUGGCAGAGUCCGUGGGGGACUACUACGCAUGUGCAAGACUGUCAGGGGCUCCUCCUCCACCAAAGCAUGCCAUCAGCCGGGGAAUCGGGGUUGAAGGGCUUGGUUCUUUGUUGGCGGGGGCCAUCGGCACAGGCAAUGGCACUACUUCUUUUAGUGAGAAUGUGGCAGCACUCGGUAUUACUAAGGUGGGUAGUCGAACAGUGAUUCUCCUAAGUGGAGUUCUCAUGAUUUUGAUGGGCAUGCUAGGCAAAAUUGGAGCCAUCUUUACAACCAUCCCGAUGCCUGUGAUUGGAGGGAUGUUCCUGAUCAUGUUUGGAGUCAUAACUGCUGCAGGGAUUUCUAAUCUGCAGUUUACAGACAUGAAUUCUUCCCGGAAUAUCUUUGUGUUUGGUUUCUCCAUGUUUUCCGCACUGGUCAUUCCAAACUGGAUCAUGAAGAAUCCUGGAUUUUUUGAAACCGGUGUUAAAGAGCUGGACCAAGUGUUACGCAUAUUGUGGACUACCCAUAUGUUUGUGGGAGGGUUCCUUGGCUUCUUUUUAGAUAACACAAUUCCUGGAACUAAGCAUGAGCGUGGCCUCCAAGCCUGGGAUGAGGUACACUUUGAAGACUCUACCAACACUUUGGUGUCUGAAGAGGUGUACGACCUCCCCUUUGGUAUAACAUCUUGCCUCGAAUCUCAGUCUUGGGUUCGUUAUAUCCCUUUUUGUCCACAGAGGGGUCACACUCCUCAGCACAGGUCAGCAGAUGACGUGUCGGAGAGCUUCAGGAUUGAGCACAACACACAAAUGUGA